GGGAUGAGUGAUGAGCAGCUCCCCGCAUCUCCCCGCCGCCCUGCCGUGGAUGGGGACAUCAACAUCUCAGCCUCUGGCUGCCCUGAGCACUGGGUCGAACCCCGGUUCACGCAAGCGGCGAGGGUCCGCGUGAUCGUCACGGCCAUCUUCUUCUUCCUGGCGGCGGGCAGCAACGCGCCAGCAGCAUCUGCAGGACGCGGUGCCCUGUUCCGAAGCCUCUCUGAGUUAUUAUUUCGUUCUCCAUUUCAGCUUUUUCUCUUCCACCUGCACACGGUCCCGGGAGGGAACUUCACCCAGUGCGUUACACACGGAAGCUUCCAAGCGCAUUGGGAGGAAACCGUCUACAACAUGUUCACCUUCACCACCCUCUACAUCACCCCGCUGAGCGUCAUGAUCGUUUGCUACAUCCGGAUCAUUUGGGAGAUCAGUAAGCAGCUAAAGAUCAACAAAGGUUUGAUAAGAAAUCAAAACGACCACAUCUCCAAGGCACGGAUGAAGACUCUCAAGAUGACCAUAGUGAUUGUUGCCACCUUCAUCAUCUGCUGGACCCCAUACUACCUCCUGGGCUUGUGGUACUGGUUCCAGCCAGCCAUGAUCCAGAAGAUGCCAGAGUAUGUCAACCACAGCUUCUUUCUCUUUGGCUUGCUGCACACCUGCACCGACCCUGUCAUUUAUGGACUGUAUACCCCCUCUUUUCGGGAGGACGUGCAGUUGUGUCUCAGGGGCAUCGAAACAGUCAUUACCAGGCACGAGAGACACAAACCCAUCUUGGUCUCGGAGAAGAACAUCAAGGAUGGUGCUGUAAAUGGUGGGGUGGCAUCAGGGGGCUCCAAUGGGACAACUGUCAACACGGUCUGCUGA